AUGGGUGCCCUUAAAUAUGUCGAGGAACUUCAGAAGAAGAAGCAGUCGGAUAUGAUGCGCUUCUUGAUGCGCGUUCGCCUUCGCCAACUGAAGGUCAUCCACCGCGCCAGCCGUCCCUCGCGCCCCGACAAGGCCCGUCGUCUUGGGUACAAGGCCAAGCAGGGUUACGUUAUCUACCGCGUCCGUGUCCGUCGCGGUGGCCGCAAGAGGCAGGCACCCAAGGGCGCCACCUACGGCAAGCCCACCAACCAGGGUAUCAACCAGCUCAAGUACCAGCGCUCCCUCAAGAGCACCGCUGAGGAGCGUGUCGGCCGCCGCUGCGCCAACCUGCGCGUUCUCAACUCGUACUGGAUCAACCAGGACUCGACCUACAAGUACUACGAGGUCAUCCUUGUCGACCCCCAGCACAAGGCCAUCCGUCGCGAUGCCCGCAUCAACUGGAUCGCCAACCCCGUCCACAAGCACCGCGAGUCUCGUGGUCUCACCGCCACCGGCAAGAAGAGCCGUGGUCUCGGCCGUGGCCACAAGUACAACAACACCACCGCUGGUCGCAGGAAGACCUGGAAGAGGCACAACACCCUCUCCCUCUGGCGCUACAGGUAG